AUGGAGCAAAACCCUAUUGUUGUAGAAAUCAUCUCUAAGGAGAUGGUGAAGCCCUCCUCCCCAACCCCUCCACACCUCCAAACCCUCAAACUCUCCUACCUCGACCAACUCUGCUACUCGUACCACGUCCCUCUCGUCUUCUUCUACUCUGCCAACGAAAACCGAGCGAUCCCGAAUGACGACGAACUCGACCGAACCUCUCAACGCCUCACCCAAUCCCUCUCCGAAACCUUAACCUCCUUCUACCCGUUCGCCGGGAGAAGCCGCGACUUCUCCACCGUCGACUGCAACGACGCCGGUGCCGAGCUCUGCUUCGCUCGGGUCACCGGCCUCCGCCUCGACGAAGCCGCUCGGGACCCGGACUCCGUCGAGCGCUACCUCCCCGCGGGCCCCACAGACUUCUNCUCCCAGUUUCCGGCGGUGGCGAGAGGUUCCGAACCGUUCGCGUUCGACGAGGCGAAACUAGCGGCCCUCCGGCGAGCGGCGGGCAGCAGCGGCGGCUCGGCGAUAGUGCUCGUGUCGGCUUUUAUAUGGGAGAGCUUCAUGAGGGCUAACGAGAAGGACGAUGAAAAGGUUUUCGUGGCGACACACAGGGUGGACCUGAGGUCGAGGAAGAAAAGUCUUGAAAACAAGUUUGGGAACUGCUUCAUGACGUCGUUCGCGUAUUGCACGGCCGGUCGGGAGUUUUGCGAGCUCGUUGGGAAGUUGAGGGAGUCGAUACGGAAGGUUGACGAGGGCUACAUCAGGGGAUCGGAAAAGGAUGGGGACGUGUACAUGGGGGACGUUCGAGGGUGUAUGUCUAAGCUCGUCAAGGGAGAAGUAGAGGGGUUUUUGUUCACGAGUUGGUGCGGGUUUCCGUUUUACGAGGUGGAUUUUGGGUGGGGAAGGCCCGUUCGGGUGGGCACGACGGCCUUGCCGUCGAAGAAUGGUGCGAUUUUGAUGGACAUGAACAGGUUAGAGGGUGAUGAUCAUACGGGUAAGGGGAUUGAAGCUUGGGUCAGCAUGACGAACGACGACUUAGAGAUCUUCGAAAAGAAUUUCAAAAUGUUGAUGGCUCAAAGAAGCCCUAUUAUGGUAGAAAUCAUCUCUAAAGAGAUGGUGAAGCCCUCCUCCCCAACUCCUCCACACCUCCAAACCCACAAACUUUCUUACAUCGACCAACUCUUCCGUUCCGCCUACAUCUCCUAUAUAUACUUCUACAAUAACCCUACCCACCCCCAAACAAUCCCUAACGACGACGACCAUCUCAAUCGAACCUCUCGACACCUGAGCGAAUCCCUCUCCUGCGCCCUCACCUCUUUCUACCCUCUCGCCGGCCGCCUCCUCGACUCCUCCACCGUCCACUGCAACGACGCCGGAGCCGACCUCUCCUUCGCUCGCGUCCUCUCCCGCCCCCUCCACCAAGCCGUGCUCCACCCGGACGACGUCGAGCAUUACCUUCCCGUGGGGCCCACCGGCACCUCAUCAUCAUCAUCGUUCCCCCUUUUCCUCGCGCGCGUCAAUUUCUUCCCGUGCGGCGGCGUAGCCGUCGGCAUCCGCUUCUCCCACAACGUCUCGGACUGCGCGUCCGUGGCCGCGUUCGUCGAGGCGUGGGCGGCAGCUGCUGCCAGUCGCCGCCCACGCCAUUUCUCAUUUGACUUUGACUUUGACCUAUCGAGAUAUUUCCCGGCACGAGACGAGCUCCGGGAGGCGGGAAUCCUCCCGGAGACGACGGCCACCGGCAAGAUCUACCGGACCAAGAGAUUCGCGUUCGACAAGGCGAAGCUGGCGGCCCUCCGGCGGCGGGUCGGGUCGUCGUCGUCGGUGGGCCCCACGCGGAUCGAGUUCGUGUCGGCUUUCGUCUUGGAGAGCGUGUUGCAAGCGUUUUCGAGCAAUGAUGAUCGGAAGGUGGUGUUGGCGAGCCAUGCGGUGAACCUAAGGCCGAGGAAGAAGGCUCUAGAGAACGUGUUCGGGAACUGCAUCAUGACGUCGUUUGCGUACUUCUCGGCCAGGGAAGAUUUGAAGCCUCACGAGGUGGUCGGGAGAUUGAGGGAGUCGAUACGGAAGGUGGACAAGGGUUACAUCGUGGGAUCGGAAAAUGGGGGGCACGUGUACUUGGGGGACUUGUACAAGGCUUUGUCUAUGCUUGCCGAGGAAGAAACAGAGGCAUGUUUGUUCACGAGCUGGUGUGGGUUCCCGUUUUACGAGGCGGAUUUCGGGUGGGGAAGGCCCGUUCGGGUCUGCCCGACGGCCUUGCCGAUAAGAAACGGUGCGAUUUUUACUGACACGAACAGGUUAGAUGAAGGCGAUGAUAAUGAUAAGGGAAAGGGAAUUGAAGCUUGGGUCAGCAUGGCCGACGAUGGCUUGGAAAUAUUCCAAAAGAAUUUCGAGUUGCUUUCAGAGGAUGCAAAGGAUGCUGCAGAGCGCUUUUAUCCUUAG